CAGAAAGGGGGCAGUGGCACUCAGUGACAGAGAGCUGUACACACUGACAUGGACACACACACACACAAACACACAACUCUGUGUCUCUUUCCAAACGUGUCAGUCAACCAGUCAGUCGAUUAUUUUUAGUGUGAGUGUGUGUGUCUGCUGCGGAUGUUGAGAAGAGCUGGCAGCCAUCCUUCACCCCUGUGACCAACGCAAAACAAACGGUGUGAGGAACGUGAAGAGUUUGAGGAAAACUCAUAAACCGUUCGGCUUCCUGGCAUCCCUGCUGUUGCUGCCGUCUAUGAACCGCUCUGAGGCGGAGGAUUGGGCUUUCCAACAAUCCUGACACAAGGAGAAACCUUGGUGAAGCUCCCUCCAACAGCACCAGACACCAUGUCCUCUCCACCCCUCCCCAUGCCUUCUCUGCCCCCCAGCCCCCUUGCCAUGGAGUACCUGAACGACUUUGAUCUUCUAAAAUUUGAGGUGAAAUCUGACACUCCUCCACUCCCCCCGUCAUGCGCUUAUCCCAAAGCUGGCAUCAGUCAAGACCCCUCCAGCUCUCCGUACACCAGCCACCCCCCGCAGGACUCCAGCUUGAACUCCAGUCCUUACAACUCGCUGCCACCUUCACCGACGCUCAGCGAUGCCCACCCACCACCUUCAGGUUCUUCCUCCCUCUCCUCAUCAUCCUCCUCCAUCUCCUUCCCCCUUUCCAUUUCCAACAGCUUCACGUCUGGCAUCGGCUCUGGCUCCCAGGGGACUGUGGAGGGAAGUCCAGCUCAUGGAGGCCCUCAGGGUCCCACCCCUGCCUCCUUGGAGGACCUGAUCUGGUUGGCUGCUCUGCAACAGCAGUUUGGAGGUGAGAUGGCAGGCCCCGCCUCUUUGCUCGGAGCCUUGGGAGGGGUGCAAGACAGAGGGGACAGAGAGAGGGGGCCGGUCAACAAUUUCCUGGGUUGUGAGGAUGCUGUGGAGGCUUUGCUCAACUCUGCUGCUGCAGCGGUCAGCUCACAGUUUCCAGGUCUUUCCCAAAGUUCGAGCUCCAACCUGGGAGACUCCAGCAGCGACAGCGGAGGAGACAUCUCCUGCGCCAAGGCAGCAGACAUGUGCCAUCGCCCGCUUGUUUUUCUGUCAUCAGCCCCCCCGUCACUGUCCAACGGCACUCCCAUGUCAGCUCCCUUCCCACAGCCCCUCAGCCCCCAGGGCCGCCUUCAUCACCACCAGCACCAUCAUCAGCAUCAUCCACACCACCCCAUGCAUGGUAGCCAUCACCAUCAUCACCACCAAGUCAGCCAGCAAAGUGGAGUGAAUGAGCGUUUCUCUGACGAGCAGCUGGUGAGCCUGUCAGUGCGGGAGCUGAACCGACACCUGCGCGGCGUCAGCAAGGAUGAAGUGGUGCGCCUGAAGCAGAAACGGCGCACGCUCAAGAACCGCGGGUACGCGCAGUCGUGCCGCUACAAGCGCCUGCAGCACCGCCACGCUCUGGAAUCGGAGAAGCACGUGCUCACACAACAGCUUGAGCAACUACAGUGUGAGCUGACCCGAGUGCUGAGGGAGAGAGACGCCUACAAGGCUCGGUACGAGAAGCUCCUCAGCACCAACCCUGGAGCCGGUGGAGAUGCUCCUCCAACACGCACAGGCAACCCAGCCUCCCCACCACCUGACUACUUCCUCUGAGUUCAGCUCAGGAGGACGACCAGCCUAAAUGGAGCAUCAGCUGUCGAGUAAUCAGACUUUCAGAGGAGUAUAGUAUUUGUGUGGGCCGUGUGAGCGUGAGAGAGAAAAGGCAGGCUUUGGCAGAUAGUGUGUGGGGCUGCACAACAGCAAAAAUCUCCCUGUGAGUGACUGACUUUUGUUUGAAGGGGUGUCACUCGGGCCUCGGCCGCUUUAUGGACUUAGAUUUCCUUCACUGUGAAUGCACAGCUCUCCAGCGCAGAGCUCCUCAGUGCAGCAUUUGACAAAUGUAACUUUGAGAAUGCACCGGAAUCGCUUCAUUAUGCAAAAAGAGAGAAAAAAAACACAGAUGAGUAUGAUAUCUAUGCAAAAGUACACUUUAUCUGCUCUCCAAAUGAGUGGUUGAAGCUCGCUGUAGUUAAUUAUUUUCAUUUUUAUGUGCUGCUAAAGCUGCAGAGGUCUGAGUAGUGCAGUGGUGAUACACAUGGAGUGGUAUGGGCCUGGAUGGAAGUGUCCACAGUAUGCAGUUGAAUAUCCGCCAGCUAAUAUUUCACAGUUGCCUACCAAAGUGUUUAAGCUCACCAAGACUUCUUAUUCUUUGUAAGAUGAAUAAUCAUAGAUGAAAGAAUGUAAAAGAAUACCUUUCAUGGGAAUUUUCCAGUGAUUGUGCUAAACGAAUAGUGGAAAUAUAGCUCUUGGGUUUCAGCAAAGAAAAGUUCUUUUUGUUAGUUGAAGACUUUAUUAGCCAUUACAGUGACAGGGUGUAGGUUUGUCAUUUUGCUCUGAAAAAACAUGUUUUUGUGGGACUCUUGACUCAGACGGGGGCCGAUGGUGAGCUUGAUGACAACAAAUGAUAAAGACAGAAGAAAACAUAAAGGUGUGGCAUGAUUUGUGUGGUUUUGUCUAGUUCUCCGGCCUAAAUACCAUAUUUAUGGGGGAGUCAAACAGCUCAGACGUUUGUGAACAAUCACUAUAUUCAACGUGGCACUAGAGAGCUGGUGACUAUGGAAUACUGAUGACUCAUUUAAGGUGCAGGGAUAAACAGAAAUGCAAAAAAAAAAAAAGAUUUUCAUGGAGACUCUUUCUUAAAUGUCCCAUGGAACGUUUGCCAGGUUUUGUGCAUUAGAGCUAUUUAUUUUGUUUGGGUGUAGGUUCCAAUAAGUUGUUCUUUUAUUUAUUCACUUAUUUAUGAUGUAUUUACCGUUUAUUUAUGUACGGAUUCUAAUUAUUUAACUGGUUUUAUUCCAUUAGCAUGUAUUUUUACUUUCCUACAGUUUAUUCUUUUAUUCAGUUGUAAUUAGAAUUAACAGAACAAAAAAUGGCCAUUAUCCUGGUUUUCUGCUCUUGUUGUAGUGUGGUUUUAUAUGCCUAUGAAAUAAACAAAGUUCUUUAACAUCCUU